CUUGAAUUUCAUUGGAAUUCAUCUGACCAUGGUAAUGGUAUUGUUGGUUUACUUUCACCAGGUAUUAAAGGGAAAUCAUUCACCAGAUGUUACUGGUGUUUCAGUUGACAUAGCCAGGAGUUCGUUGCUCUGUGUUGCACUUUGCAUGGCUUUGUGCCAACAGAGAAGAAAAAAUGGCUUUGAUUACGUUCAUUCUGGCUUCUUUAGCUGUCGUUUUUGCUAAACCGCCACCAAAUAAAUCAAAACGAGCAACCACUACGCAGCAUGUUACAGAUACUUUCUCUAGAUUUCAAAGUACCUCAAAAGGAUGGGCAAGCUACUACGGAGAAUACCCUGUUGGCACCGGUGCGUGUUCACUCGAUCCACUGCCCCCUGUCUACAAACAGAAGGGUUGGAUUAAAGUGGCAGCUGGGGCACCUACUUUCAAGAAGUCCCUUGGUUGUGGAAUGUGUCUGAAAAUCGAGGCCUCUGGGAAGCCUGUUGCGAAGGGAAACACGCCACUAGUGGGCACAUACCUUGCUGUCGUAAACGAUUUGUGUGGUGCGUGUGGCAAAGGAGAUCUGGACUUCUACAUUCCAGGGGACGGUAAAUGGGAAAUCGAAUUUAAAGCUAUCGACUGUCCUGAUGUGUCAGGGUCACAGGGAAACAUUCAGUAUCGUUUCACGGGUAGCAAUCCGUGGUACCUCAAGCUCCAAAUCACCAAUGCCAAGCAACCAACAGCAGCAGUAGAGUUCUUCAAAGAAGGAAAAUGGCAUUGCGCUAAAAGAUCAGCUGACAAUCAUUUUGUAUGGAGUGGUGUGGGAAAGAUAGAUUUUCCGUUGAGAACACGACUUACAAGUAUUUCGGGUGAAACUGUUGGAGGUGAUGUUCAAAAACUGAUAAACGACAAAGAUCAAAAUUCUGGAUUUCAGUACAAAAAAUUAAAAAAAGUGAAUAGCGGUAGCUCGCCGAAUCUUCCUUGUCACGGUCAGGGAGGUCUGGUAAGGAAAGGAGAUAUUGGUGACGUAACAAGCCAAAGACAGGAUGAGACUGACAAAGGCCCUUCAACUGAAGCACCCACAACUGAGUUUGAAAUAACACCUGUACCAGAAACGAGUACCACGCCAGGCAAGGAGACUGGUGGGAAAGGAGAACCAGAUGGCGGAACAAAGCCUGGCACAUCAGAAGGGUCACAAAAUAUUGAAGACUUCUGCAAAACAAGAUCAUCAGGGUUUUACAGUGACCCAACUGACUGCCAGUAUUUCAUACAAUGUGCAAAUUCAAAGACAUACAGAAAGAAGUGUCCGAAUGAUCUGCAUUGGAACGACAGGAUAAAAAACUGUGAAUAUCCAGCUAAUGCAGGCUGCAAAGUGAAUAGGACAGCGUCAGAUUACAAUUGCAAGGCAGUAUUACCUAACAGAAAAGGUAAACGUAUUAACAAACAACGGGUGUUUACUUUUCGAUUCUACACUUGCUUACCAACCAAUGGUUUACUGAGGUUCUUGUUCAACAUGGAUACUGAUUUGAUCGUGGCAAAAAUUAAAAACAAAAUGAGCAUUGUGGCAUUAAUCCUAGUUUCUCUAGCUAUUGCUCUUGCUAAACCGCCUCCAAACAUGACAAAGCGCGCGACUUCUGAAGAGCACAUAAAGGAUACCUUUUCUCGAUUUAAAAAGACCUCGAAAGGAUGGGCGAGUUACUACGGAGAAUACCCUGUUGGCACCGGUGCGUGUUCACUCGACCCACUGCCCCCUGUCUACAAACAGAAGGGUUGGCUAAAAGUGGCAGCUGGGGCACCUACUUUCAAGAAGUCCCUUGGUUGUGGAAUGUGUCUGAAAAUCGAAGCCUCUGGGAAGCCUGUUGCCAAGGGAAACACACCUUUGGAGGGCACCUACUACGCAGUGGUGAAUGACUUGUGUGGAGCAUGCGGUGAAGGAGAUCUGGACUUCUACAUUCCAGGGGACGGUAAAUGGGAAAUCGAAUUGAAAGCUAUCGACUGUCCUGAUGUGUCAGGAUCACAGGGAAACAUUCAGUAUCGUUUCACAGGUAGCAAUCCGUGGUACCUCAAGCUCCAAAUCACCAAUGCCAAGCAACCUGCAGCAGCAGUAGAGUUCUUCAAAGAAGGAAAAUGGCAUUGCGCUAAAAGAACAGCUGACAAUCAUUUUGUAUGGAGUGGUGUGGGAAAGAUAGAUUUUCCGUUGAGAACACGACUUACAAGUAUUUCGGGUGAAACUGUUGGAGGUGAUAUUCAAAAACUGAUAAACGACAAAGAUCAAAAUUCUGGAUUUCAGUACAAAAAGUUGAAAGAAGUGAACGAAGGUGGUGCACCAAAGCUUCCUUGCCAUGGUCAAGGGGGACUGGUGAGAGAUGGGAGCCGUGAUGACGUAACAAACCAAGGGCAAUCCGAAUCUGAUAAAGGUCCUUCAACAAAAGCACCACCAGAAGAAGUCAAGACAACAUCAAAGCCUGUAACGACCAUAAGCUCAAGCAAGGAGACUGGCGGGACAGCAGGGACAGGGGGGAAAGACGGUGGAACAAAGACUGGCACAUCUGAGGGGUCGCAAAACAUCGAAGACUUCUGCAAAACAAGAUCAUCAGGGUUUUACAGUGACCCAACUGACUGCCAGUAUUUCAUUCAAUGUGCAAAUUCAAAGACAUACAGAAAGAAGUGUCCGAAUGAUCUGCAUUGGAACGACAAGAUAAAAAACUGUGAUUAUCCAUCUAAAGCUGGGUGUAAUCAGAAAAAUGAGCAAAGGUCUACGGAAAAUUCUACGCUCGCGUCAACCCCAGCAAACAGUGAAGGGCUAAUUGCAAUUGAGAAUGUAGAAGAGAAAGAGGAAACAUUGAGAUCCACAGGUCGCUGCCCAGAGAUCUUCAAAGAUACACAGAGACACUAUCAUCCUGGGGAUUGCAGCAAGUUCAUUUUGUGUACAGGGUCCAAUGCAAAGACAUACAGAUGCCCGGACGGAUACCUUUUCGACAAAUACCUGACCAAGUGUCGCAAGGCCAGCUAUGUCAAUUGCAAUGAAUCCGAGAAGCCAAACAGUACUGCAGUUGACAACGACUUUUGUCUUGGUAAAGUGGAUGGGUUUUAUAAAAUGGCAGGAAACUGCAGAGACUUUUACAAAUGUACUAGGGGCACCACUGUACGAAAGAGUUGCUCUGAAGGGCUUUUGUUCAAUCCGUCACAAGAAGAAUGUGACUGGCCGACAAAUGUAAAAUGCUGAAUAAUCGAACAUUGACAUAUUGUAUCUAAAUAAUUUCAUUCAGGUUUAAAGUGGUGAUAUACCCAUUUAUACCCAUUUUAUGUGGUAAGAAUAAAACAUCGCCGGUGCUAAUAUAAAUGAUAAAACUUUUAGCUUUUUAAUAUUUUUUAUAAAACUUUCGAACUUAAUGGAAUUUUCUAAGUAGCAUCUCAAGUAUCACAAUUGGUGCCCUGUCUCUUCGAGUUUUUAUUUUGAAACUCUUCUAGAGAUUUUGAAUUCGUCAUAAUCUUGUGAUUCGAAGCAUAAUUUAUCUGCCUUCAUUGUUACAGCGAAGUAAAAUACAGGAAAUUGGCCAAUGCAUUGAUCAUGUGUAUUAUUUAUAAAAUUAUAUUGAACAAAUUUAACGUUUGGUCUGUUAUAAAAUAUUUUGCACUGCUUGAGUCAUAUCUGAAAGAAUUCUUGCGAUG